CUUGUUUGAAACAGUCAUUAUUUGUAUCCGUGUGCCCCUUGAUUUUCUAUCAGCUGUCAUUCUUAAAAAAAACAAUAUCGAUCAUACAAAAGGUCUGCUUCGGUGUUGCGAUAGCCAUCUUGCACGAAAGAUUUUCCCCGGGAACUUCGUGAUGUCCCAAACACUCCCGGAGGUCCCCUGCAACAAUCCGACUCAGUUUUGUCGGUUGUGUUUUUCUCGGCAAAACAUUCACUGGGUUAUUCGUACUAAUGGAACCGAAGUCGAUCUACCGUUUAUCAACACUAUCGGUUCGUGUCUGGGCGUGUGGCUCAAGUUGGACGAAGACUUUCCCUGUGCUGUAUGUCGCAAGUGUACCACGGAAAUAGAACGAAUAAUUGAGUUCCGCGAAAACUGUCGUUUGUGUGACGAGGCACUGAAACAGAAACGACAGAACGAUCCAACCGCACUGGUUCUGUUCUAUGAUCUUCUGUUUCAUCUGGACAAUUUUAAAUAUGUAGAAACGUGCAGUGAAAUUCCCGAAAUUCCAAAUAAUAUGUUAGCACCAGCACCACGGACUUUCGACUUCUUUUUUGACCAGCCCGGUGGCAAGGAUAGGGCGCUCUAGCAAGUGCUAUUGUAGCCAACAUCUGGGGCAUUUGGUGGGCAAUCAGAGCGCUCAGAGUAUGGAAAACAAAAAUUCGAGCAUUUCAAUUCGAGUAAAAUCUUAAUUUCCUUAUCGUAGUGAUGAUUUUCUGAUCGAUAAUUUGCGGGGAAGUGCUUUAAAGGGUACUGAAUAAACAAGUAGUUUGUAAUAUCCAAUUUUUUGUUAGCCAUUCUUCUUCAUUGUUUUGGUUUUUGCAGAAUGAUGCUGACCACAGUUUCAUGACGUCAUAGCAGGGUGAUGUUUUUGACAGUUCUUGUAUUUGUUUUCGUUUCAAAGCAAAUUACAUUCUCCUCGGUUUUUAAACUAAUUUUGGGUAGCAGCGAAUUAGUCGCAUACAUGCACUGAAAAAAAUCUCAUACCAGCUAUUUUUCGAAGAUGGGCGAAUCUAACAUUGACAGCAAAUGGAGAAAAACAACAUGACUGUUUCGACUUUGGUUUUAAUUCGUAUUAUCGAUUUAUCAAAAUUUGUCGUAUAUUCUUUGAUCAAUGUUUGAUAAAUCGAAGAACUGUUGGUUAAUCUUAAAAAGGUA